CUCCAAAGCAAGUCGUGCCCAUUGGCCGCUUCCCUCUUGUUCUACCAUCAAUAGUAGACUCCCCCACUGCAUUUAACCCCCUCCCUCCCCCAUUAACGUGACACUUCGAUCUGCUGCACCCCACGAACGACUCCCCCUCCCGCACCGGUCCACCAGCCUCUCGAAAAAAUCGUCGUAACCCACCGUGGAAUCCCAGCGUCGGCUGCGACUCUUAUGCUGAACCCGAGAGGGACGAGACCGGUCGUCCACCCUACCAAAACCUCAAGCUCGCUGAGCCAUCUGCAGCUCCACGCGCUCCCCACGAUCACCGCCAUGCCUCGCCUCUUCACGCUGCUCCUUUUCUCGCUGUCCUCCUUCCUUGGUGCAGACGUCGUCACCCUUGCCGCCACCAACUUGAGCGUGGGGUACUACUCCAAGACGUGCCCGGACGCGGAGCUCGUCGUGCGGGGAGCGAUCCAGGCCGCCAUGGCCCGCGAGCCCAGGAGCGGCGCGUCCGUCAUGAGGCUGCAGUUCCAUGACUGCUUUGUGAACGGCUGCGACGCGUCGGUGUUGCUCGACGCCACGCCGAACAUGCCCGGCGAGAAGCAGGCGUUGUCCAACAUCAACUCGCUCCGGUCUUUCGAGGUGAUCGACGAGGUCAAGGCCGCGUUGGAGCGGAAGUGCCCGGGGGUCGUCUCCUGCGCUGAUAUCAUCGUCAUGGCUGCCAGGGACGCUGUCGUCCUGAGUGGAGGACCCGAGUGGGAUGUGCGACUGGGCCGCGAGGACAGCUUAACCGCAAGCCAAGAGGACUCCAACGAUAUCAUGCCCAGUCCCAGAGCCAACGCAACUUCGCUCCUCAACCUCUUCAGCCAAUUCAAUCUCACUCCUGUCGACUUGGUUGCGCUCUCCGGCUCGCACUCCAUCGGGAGAGGCCGCUGCUUCUCCAUAGUCUUCAGACUCUACAAUCAGUCCGGCACAGGCAGGCCUGACCCCAACAUGGACCCAGAAUACCGAGAGAAGCUGGAUGAGCUGUGCCCGAUAGGUGGCGACGGCAACGUGACCGGCGGCCUCGACGCCACGCCUACGGUGUUCGAUAACCAGUACUUCAAAGACCUGGUGCAACUGAGGGGCUUCCUCAACUCGGAUCAAACACUCUAUUCUGGGUGCGAGAGGACCAAGCAAGUGGUCGAAAAGUUCAGCAAGGAUCAAGGUGCCUUCUUUCGUGCCUUCGUCGACGGGAUGAUCAGGAUGGGGGAGCUGCAGUCAGAACGAAGGGGCGAGAUUCGGCGUAAUUGUCGAGUGGUCAAUGCUGCCUUGUCAGAAUUCUGAUGGGAGAAGACAGAUUUUUGGACUCUGUGCUGCUUAGUAUCUUAUCUUUGUAAUUAUCAUAUCGAAAUCCUUGUCCAUGAAAA